AUGACUUGCUGUUGGACAAAAUCAGUUCUGAUGGUCACCAUUUGCAGUGCCAUCUUCAUGUCAAUAAUGACCCUUUCCUUCCUCCAGAAUACAAAAUUCUCUUUCAUGCCAACAGCGAAGAAUAGCAUUUGCCGAGGGAUUCCUACUGAUAACACCAUCACACCAUUAAAAGAUAACAGAACUUUCAUCAUCGCUCCAUACUUUGACCACAGAAAGAACAAAGUGACACGAGUGAUUGCAAUAGUCCACCACAAUGAUGUCAAGGAACUAUAUUGCUGGUUCUGCCACCCAUCCAGUGGUGAUGUGAAUAUCUCCAAGUCUAAAAUAGAUGUCCAUUCUGAUAGAUUUGACUUCCCAUAUUUUGUCAUGGACUUGCACUGUCCGGAACCGGAAGACUGGGAACCACGCUGUGUGUCAAUACACUGGUCUUCUUAUGGUGAUAUCAAUCAUCUGCCACUUUUUGAAAUAAAAAACCGUGAACCUGAAGGUUCUCCAGUGGAAUUCACAGUGUGCAUCUCCACCAUGUUUGGAGAGUACAACAACAUCCUGCAGUUUGUGCAGAGCAUGGAGAUGUAUAGAAUCCUCGGGGUGGGCAGAGUGGUGAUCUACAAGAACAGCUGCAGCCCACUGAUGGAAAAAGUGCUGGGUUUUUAUAUUGCAGAAGGAGUUGUUGAGAUCAUCCCCUGGCCCAUUGAUUCAUACCUCAAGGUCUCUUCUUAUUGGCAUCAUUCAAUGGAUCCCAAGGACAUUGGUUACUAUGGGCAAAUCACAGCCUUGAAUGACUGCGUCUAUCGCAACAUGUACAAGAGCAAAUAUGUGCUGCUAAAUGAUGUGGAUGAAAUUAUUCUACCAAUAAAAUAUAAAGACUGGAAAACAAUGAUGCAGAACCUUCAGGAGCAACAUCCUGGUGCUGCCGUUUUCCUCUUUGAAAAUCACAUAUUUCCUAAAACUGUAUUUACACCCACUGAUAUGUUCAACAUCUCCUCUUGGAGCGCAGUGCCUGGAGUUAAUAUACUGAGUCACGUCAUUCAGGAACCUGAUAGGAAAAAUUUCUUCAAUGCUCGGAAAAUGAUAGUUGACCCAAGGAAAGUGGUUCAGACAUCUGUCCACUCCAUUCUCCAUGCAUAUGGGGACAACAUUUAUGUCUCAAUGGAUGUUGCCCUUGUGUAUCAUUGCCGAGUUCCCCUACAAGCAAAUCUGCCUAGAGAAUCACUCAUUAAAGACACAACACUCUGGAGAUACAACGUUUCACUAAUUGGGAAUGUCAGCAAAGUUCUCCAACAAAUCACUUUGUAA